AUGUAUUUAUUACCUGCUGUAGUUGUAUCGCCAGAUAUUCAGCUCAAGACUCUUCUGGCUUUAGCUACAAUCGUUGAUAUCUUCUUGACAUUGUGCUACCAUUCUAAUUCGACGAGACCGCCCUGCUGGGAAUCAGCCAAGAUGACCUAUUUCAACAGGCAAGUCAUUCGCCAAUAUCUGGAUAAUGUCAACCUGAUGACCCGGGAGGAUGCUGUGGAUCAGCUGUGGAUCAACAUUUUGCGCUACUAUUUCAACGAUCUCGAUUGCUUUGGGAUCGAAGCCCAAUCCAGGCCACACCAAGACUGGGACUAUAGAUCCAACGUAGUCGUUGCAAACGUGAGGAACUAUAUAAUGGCAAAAUUCCUUUUCGUCGAGAACAAGCGCAGCUCUCUCGAAGAUGAUCCGAGAAUUUGGGAUAGUACCCGCGACCAAUUGGAAGACUAUAUGCUGGGGGCUCGAAACGAUCAGGGCAACAUACAAAUCAUGUUCGGAAUUGUGGGCAUUGGGAAUUUGGCUCGCUUUUACCAGCUCCCAAUAAAUGGCACAGCCCUCGUCCCUUAUGGACCGGCUCGAGGUCUAAACAUUGAACACGACGCUAACACGAUCGAACGCAUACUUCAGCUUCUGGUGAGGGAUUAUCGUUAA